AAAAAAAACCUGAAAAAAAAAUGUGCAUCGCAGCAUUUGUAUGGCAAUCUCAUCCUUUAUACCCAUUGAUCCUCCUCCAGAACAGAGACGAGUACCAUAACAGGCCAACGAAGGAAGUGGGAUGGUGGGAUGAUGAAGAAGAAGGGAAAGGAGAGAUAUUGGGAGGAAGGGAUGAGAUGGGAGGAGGGACAUGGUUGGGUUGCUCAAGACAAGGCAGAGUGGCUUUCCUUACAAAUGUCUUGGAGCUUCAUCCUUCUUCUGAUGCUGCAACCAGAGGAGACCUCCCUCUUCUUUUCUUGAAAGGUACAAAGAGUCCAAUGGAGUUUGGUCAGGAACUGGCUAAGGAAGCACAUCACUACAAUGGGUUUAACCUAAUAGUUGCAGACAUACCUUCGAGAUCGAUGGUUUAUAUUUCCAACAGACCCAAAGGAGAAUCUGUUGCCAUCCAAGAGGUUGUUGCUGGUGUUCAUGUUCUCUCCAACGCAAAACUUGAUUCCCCAUGGCCUAAGGUUCAAAGGCUAGAACAUAACUUCAAGAAAAUGCUUAGUAGAUACUGGGAAGGCGAAGUACCCGUGAAGGAGAUGGCUGAAAAGCUUAUGAAGGACCGAGUCAAAGCCGAAGAAAGCAGGUUGCCCGGGAUUUGUGACACUGACUGGGAAUACAACCUGAGCUCUGUGUUCGUCGAAGUGGACACUCCGCUGGGUCGUUACGGAACGAGAAGCACAGCAGCAUUGGCAGUGAGAGACACAGGGGAAGUAGUCUUCUAUGAAAAGUACCUGGAGAAAGGUGAAUGGAAGGAGCAUGAACUGAGUUACUUCAUCCAAAAGCCAAAAUGGACAGAAGCAUAAUGACAUGACAAGAUGAUAUAGGAAUAUUAUCUGUUACUUGUAAUCAUUAUGAGAAAUGUCAAGUUGUAAUUGUCUUCUCCAAUCCUCCUGUGACUAUCAAAUAUGCCCCUCCUCUCCAAUAUUGUUGUAUAUAGGGCUUUUUCAUUGGUCUAGAUUCUCGUUAUUCUUGUAUAUAGAGCUUUUUCAUU